GAGAUGCAGAUCUUUGUGAAGACCCUAACAGGCAAGACCAUCACCCUCGAGGUCCAGCCCAGUGACACCAUCAAGAAUAUCAAAGCCAAGAUCCAAGACAAGGAGCACAUCCCACUUGACCAGCAGCAUCUGAUAUUUGCCAGCAAACAACUGGAGGACUGUCAGACUCUCUCUGACUACAACAUCCAAAAAGAGUCCACCUUGCACCUGUUGCUUCAACUGCAAGGUGGGAUUAUGGAGCUGUCCCUGUGCCAGCUUGCCCAGAAGUACAACUGUAACAAGAUGAUCUGCCGCAAGUGCUAUGCCCACCUGCACCCCUGUGCUGUCACCUGCCGCAAGAAGUGUGGUCACACCAACCACCUGCACCCCAAGAUGAAGGUCAAGUAA